GGUGUGAAGAGACUGUCUGUGGUCAUAUGAUGACUGAAGAAGAGGGCUACUUCUCCUCUGUCGUUGUGUCAACAUCAGUUUGACUAAAUGUAGCGAAGGUCGACACCUGUCCUGAAUAGUGAUGUUACUUCCUUUUUCAGGGCACACGGUGUGACAGUUUGUCCCAGGAUGAGGAGAGAUCUCUGGGUGGCACUGCUCUUGCUGCUGUCUGCAGCUGUAGAGUCUAACAGCAUGUCUCCACCAGGGAAACCAGUCCUGCUCAGCUGCAGGUCCCCUGAGAAGGAGACGUUCACCUGCUGGUGGGAGCCGGGCUCUGACGGAGGGCUGCCCACCGCACAUCACCUGUAUUACGAGAGAGAAAGAUUGGAGGGAACGCACGAGUGUCCGGACUAUCGGUCGGCGGGGAGGAACUCCUGUUUCUUUGACAAGAACCACACCUCCAUCUGGGUCGACUACUGCCUGACAGUGGUGGCCUCCAACGCCCUCGGGAAUGCCACGUCAGACCCCUUAAAGAUGGACGUGAUGGAAAUCGUGAAGCCCAACGCUGCUGAAAAUGUAACGCUGCUGGUGGAGGAGAGAGAGGACAGUCCAUGUCUCCAUGUCAGAUGGGAGCCUCCCUCUAACACGGACACCAAGUCUGGCUGGGUCACCAUUAAAUAUGAACUAAGAGUCCGACAAGAUAACAGCAACAAGUGGAAGGAGUACACGUCAGGUACACAGACUCAUUUCAGCCUGUACAGCGUCAGUCCUGGGGUGGUGUACACGGUGCAGGUUCGCUGCAGACUAGACCACAGCUCCUGGAGCGAGUGGAGCAACACUACCUGUGUGAAAAUCCCUAACUAUCUUCAGAAUGAGAUUCCAUUUUGGAUAUUGGUUUCUAUCCUCUCUGCAAUUCCUUGUAUAACAGCAGUGUGCAUCUUGGUCAUGAAGAGGAAAUUUGUGAAGCACUUUGUUCUGCCUCCUGUUCCUGGUCCAAAGAUAAGAGGAGUUGAUGCUCAACUUCUCAAGAGCGGGGGAUCUGAAGACGUCGACAGUGCCCUGAUCAUCAACCAGAGCUUUCCUCCUGUUAUGGCCUGGAAGGACCAGAUGGAGGAGUACCUAAUCGUGACUGAAAAUUUCGAUCCCUCCAAUUCUCAAAAAAGGAAGAAAAGCCUGAUUAUUCCCAAUGGCUUCCACUUAGAAUCGGAAAUCCAUUGUAAGGAGUCAACUCUCUGCCAAAAUGACUGGGAAAAGGCUGAGGAAAGAAAGAAUGAAAUAGAAAACCCCACCAAACCCUUCACAAACAGCGGUUAUGUGGAUAUUCAGAGACACGUGGAAAACAUACAGGGGGUGGCUGUGAAACAGGAGGACUACAGCAGAGAAAAAGACAGGAACGGUGACAAUAUUCUCAUCCUCAAGACAGAGAACGUCCCAUUUAAGAGCUGUGGAGAACAAGAGAACAUACCAGAGGACUACAGCAGGGUGAAAGAGGUGGACAGUGACAACACGGUCUUCCUGCAGAAACAAAAUGUUGACACAUCCUGUAGAGAGAAGGGAAACCACUACACAGACUGUGCCCUUCAGAAGCCAAGAAAACCUCACGUGUGCACAGAGCUCAUCAACAGCGGAUAUGUAGAUACCGUCCCUGCGCUACAUUUAAUGUAGAGUUUUGUUUUAUGUGUCCAGAUACAAAUGACUGAUUUGUUAUUAUUAUUUAUUUGGUGAUCCCCUGACCUUUUCCUCCAUCAUACCUAAUAGUGCUUCCAAGAUAUACAAACUCUUGCUGAUUUUCAGUCCUAUUUGCCGUGCGAAGUUGCUGAGACGGGAUGUUUUUUUCCAGUUCCAAGUCGUCUGCAAAGUCGAGAUCUUCAAGUGUAGAAAAGAGCAACAACAUGAUGCCUUUGGGUUGGUCUUCAGUUGUUCUUCGCAUCACCCAGUCUAUGACCAUGUUGAGCGCCACCAACCAUACUUGCCAACCCUCCCGAUUUCUCCGGGAGACUCCCAUU